UAGGAUUCCUCGGUUUUCAUGAGAUUGGCCAAGUGACCGGAACUAAAUGCUUUUUACUAAACCUUAUGUCUUUCUUAACACAACAAUGUAAUGGGAAAGACGUUAUACUGAAGGUUUUGUCUAUCUUGAAGUGAUAUAUUGWUUGAUUGUCUUGGUUUUCGCAACAUUCCAGAGAAUAUCAAGUUUUGUUGUACCCAUUGAAUGAUGGCCGAGUCGUCUGCCAUUAGUCGUUCACAAGAAUACUUGAGUUUUAGGAGUACUGUACCUUUAAAAAGGGUUAUUGUUGAUUCAUCUGGUGAUAAAGAAUGGCUGAUUUAUGAUGCUGGACCAAGGUCUGUGCGAUGUCCUCUUAUCUGUCUUCCACCAGCAAGUGGUACAUCGGAUGUGUUCUUCAAACAAAUAUUAACCUUAUCCAGCCUUGGUUAUAGAGUCAUUUCUCUUGAAUAUCCAGUUUAUUGGACGUAUACAGAAUGGAUCGAAGGAUUUAAGAAGCUUUUAGAUCAUUUACAACUUGACAAAGUCCAUGUAUUUGGAGCAUCACUUGGUGGAUUUCUGGGCCAAAAGUUUUGUGAGAUGACGUCACUUAGCCCUCGCAUUCACUCUUUGGUCCUUUGUAAUUCAUUCUCGGAUACUUCAGUCUUCCAACAGACAACAGUUUCAUCAUCGUUCUGGGUUUUGCCUGCCUUUAUUCUGAAAAAGAUGAUAAUGAACAACUUCAGUGUCRAUAUUGUUGAUGAAGACAUAGCUGACUCAAUUGAUUUUAUGGUUGAAAGGCUGGAAAGCAUGGGGAGGAAUGAACUUGCAUCAAGACUCACCUUAAAUUGUGUUGACUCCUAUGUGGAACCUCAAAAACUACAAAAUGUAGCUAUUACUAUCAUAGAUGUGUUUGAUGAUUGCGCAUUGUCUCAGCCAGUCAAAGAUGAACUGUACAAGUGUUACCCUCAUGCAAAGAGAGCACAUUUGAAGUCAGGCGGCAACUUCCCCUACUUGUGUAGAAGUGCAGAUGUCAAUCUUUACCUGCAGAUUCAUCUUCGUCAGUUCAUGGGUACACGGUACAGUGCUAUUGAUCCACAGCUUAUGACUGAUGAAGACAAAAUAGCUUGUGGAUUGUUAAGGGCUGAGUCAUCUAUGAGCAAUCCUUUUGAUUCAAUGGUAGAUUCCAAAGAUGAAGUAGUYGAUUUGCAGAAAGACUCACAGUAAAGAUUAUCUCACAUUCAUAUUAAGACAGUCCUAUGGCUAUCUUAUAUAUAACACUUUUAAUUGAGAGUGCUACAAACUAKAUAGCUAUCAGUUACAUUAUAAGCCAUGGAAUUUGUCAAGCCAUCUGAGAAAACAGUUCUCAUGUCAUUUAUAAAGCUGCUGAAAGGGUAAUAGUAUAAAGAAAGAAUGAUUUCUAAAAUAGAUAUUGUGARACUAAAGUAUGUCACUGUGAGGGUUUGAUUUCUAAUCAUGUCUAGAGUCAUGCAUGGAAUGAAGAGUUUGAAGGGUUAAAAAGAGGUGUGAUGAAAUAACCAUCUUUUUUAUGCUACCACACAAAUGUGCAGCCUUGAAUGACCACUCUUAGCAUGUGUAUAAUGUAUAAGAAACACAUGGACUAUACAAGUAUUGCUGCACCAUGUGUAGAUGAAAUGUUUUGGACUAGUAGUUAAAAAUUAUUCAAAAUUUCUUGAUUUUCUCUAUAAAGUUUUCAUUAGCAUUUUAAUAGCCCACAGGAUGGGAUAUCAGAUAGAAUGCAGGCAGCCGAUAUCUUUAGUCAUCAGGGUACAGGGGAGGGGUGCAGGRGGUGCUGCACACCCCUCYCUGGUUCGACUUCGUGCCCCCACUUCGAAGUUAACCAAUACUGUUUUUUCCCUUUGAUUCUAAGGGGUGCACCCCUCCCUGUGUUAACUUUGUGCACAGCACACCUCCCUGAACAAAAUCCUGGAUYCRCCCCUGGGGUAUAUGUUGCAUCCUAAUGUAACAGAAUGUAGCCUUAGUUUAUAUCCAAAUAUAAUUUUAUAACAAAAGUAUCAUAAAAAAUGUCAAGUAAAUAGCGUAAUAAUUAAAUAAAGAAACAAGAAUAUAAAAUAUAGAAUAUU